AUGCGAGAGCCRCAGACCCAAGAGGAUUUCGAUAACAGCGCGUUGCAGUUAGGCCGCUCACAACGCCUCAUUCAGCUGAAGCUGUGGAACAAGUACCGCGUCUCCAACAUUCCUUCCCUGAUAUUUAUCGAUGCCGCCACUGGGAAGGUGGUCUGCAGGAACGGCCUCCUGGUGAUCCGCGACGACCCUGAAGGCCUGGAGUUCCCCUGGGGGCCAAAGCCCUUCAGUGAAGUUGUUGCUGGGCCUCUGCUAAGGAACAACGGCCAGUCGCUAGAUAGCAACGUCCUGGAGGGCUCCCAUGUCGGGGUCUAUUUCUCAGCGCACUGGUGUCCCCCUUGCCGAAGCCUCACGAGGGUCCUCGUGGAGUCCUACCGGAAAAUCAAGGAGGCAGGGCAGAAAUUUGAGAUACUCUUUGUUAGUGCAGACAGGUCGGAGGACUCCUUCAAGCAGUACUUCAGUGAGAUGCCCUGGCUAGCGGUGCCCUACGCAGAUGAGGCCAGACGAUCGCGCCUGAACCGGCUCUACGGCAUCCAAGGUAUCCCAACCCUCAUCGUGCUGGACCCCAAGGGAGACGUGAUCACGCGGCAGGGGCGAGUGGAGGUGCUGAACGACGUGGAGUGCCGCGAGUUCCCCUGGCACCCCAAGCCCGUGCUGGAGCUGACGGACUCCAACGCCGUGCAGCUGAACGAGGGCCCCUGUCUCGUCCUCUUUGUAGAUUCCGAGGACGAUGGCGAGUCCGAGGCCGCCAAGCAGCUCAUUCAGCCCAUAGCCGAGAAAAUCAUCGCCAAGUACAAAGCCAAAGAGGAGGAGGCCCCGUUGCUCUUCUUCGUGGCCGGAGAGGAUGACAUGACCGACUCGCUGCGGGAUUACACCAACCUGCCGGAGGCUGCGCCCCUGCUCACCAUCCUCGACAUGUCCGCCCGCGCCAAGUACGUGAUGGAUGUGGAGGAGAUCACGCCGGAGAUUGUGGAAGCCUUCGUGAGCGACUUUCUAGCAGACAAGCUAAAACCCGAGCCCAUCUAAGGGGCCCUGGGCGCCCACAGACGUUAUUUAAAACUAGGUCUCUCUCCUGCCGCUCGUGGAUUCUCCAGCGUGUUCGCACGCCCGACCCAGUAUCCAACCUUCUUGUGGUGCCUUGUUUUACGCAGUGAAUCCUUCUCCUAAGCAAACUCCUUGAGAUGCACUUUCAGCAGGGAGUCGUUGGCGUUUGGAGACGGCGCUUGUGCUUCAUGGUGAUAUAUUCUCUAAUAACCAGGCCAGAACUGUUCCCRUAUCGUUAUUUUAUACACGGCACUAGCUAGCAGGCAAAUCUUUCCGCGUGGUGUUCUCCCAGCGUACACACCAAGCGGUGGACGGGGCUCUCGGGGCUCUUUUCUUCUCCUCUUUCCUAUCUUACCACCCUUGCAGCCUGAACUCCUCCAAGGAAGCAAUAAGGAAAUUGUCCCCUUUGGCCCUGGCCCACCUGCCCUUCC